CAUAAAUCUAACGAAGUGUCUGCUGCACCGGUACCGGAAUCGUAGAUCGAAAAACUACUGAACCGGUACCGGAUUUCUCCGGCUCACGGCUAGUGAACCGGCACAGGAUUUUUCAGCAAACUUCCUAAUUUUUUGUGUAAAAUUUUAUUUUGAGAACGAAGACGAUAAAAUAAGUAUUACUAGAAAUGGUAAUUUUUCAUACCCUGAAAAAAUCAACUUAGAGAGGUUCUUGCGAAAUACAUGUUUAAUCGCUUGACCGUUUGGAACGUUUCAAUAGAAUGAUUCGUUUUAAAGAAGCAAAAGCCUGGUUUUUAUUUCGUGGAUACAAACCCUUGCAUAUUAAAUAAGUAAGAGCCUAGAUAACAAGACGCUUGACGUUUUCUUGAAGAAACCAGCUGUACUGCUUUCAUACGCGGAGAAGAUAUUCUUUUUCGCUGAAGAAUUUUAUAGUUUUGAUACGGCAUCUCGAUAGGCAUAAAUUCACUAUGUCGAUUACUUUUGUUGUUGGGGAAAAAUUUUCUACUUUUCAAGAAUUGAAAACAAAAUUACAUACAUACAAGGAAAAGAAUUUUGCUGAUGUCUACGUUAGAGAUAGUCGAACUGUUAAGCCUUCACAAAAAAGAUUGACGAAAAUAAUAAAACCCGUUGUGUUCAUGGUGGAAGAAAAUUCAAAGGAAGAGGCUCUGGACAACGAGCUGUUCAGUACGUAUUUUGUUUACAUUAAUUAGCGACCCUGUUUCCAGACCUCUUUAUUACUGUGUUCUAUAAAACUGUUUUUUUUAUUUCUUUUAGUACUAUAAAGCAAGACUGUCAGAAACGAAGAAGGUUAUUUUGCUGAAAGAUAUCUCUAAUAUGGCUCAGGAAGCGAAGAAAGGGAAAAGCCGCAAUGAUUUAGAUGAAAUUGCAACUGUGUUACGUGAUAAAUACAAUUCCUCAGUUCAUUUAUGCAGUGACGUUAACGACAAUUUCAAGGGUUUAUUUUUCAAGAUGAGGAAAUGAAGGAUGCGUAUGAAGCAUUUCCAGAAUUGAUUUGUGUUGAUGCUACCUUUAAACUAACUGAGCUAAGAAUUGCAGUUGACAUCAUGUUAGUGGAAGAUUCGAUGGGGCAAAGUGAAAUUGUUGGAGUGGCGCUUCUUGCUAUGGAAGAUAAGGAAAUAUUGUCCUGGUUUUUGGAAACUUUUAAACAAAACAAUCCUUCCUCAGAGAAUCUUCGUGUGGUUAUGGCGGACAAGGAUUUGAAUGAAAGAGAACUAAUAAAAGUUACAUUUCCUGGUGUAAAAGUAUUAAUAUGUCUCUUCCACACAUUAAAGGCAUUUAAAAGAGAAGUCACUGUCGCGAAAAUGGGCGUUACUCAAGCGAAAGUUGAAUCACUGUUGUCCCUCUUUCAACCAAAGGCGUAUGCUAACACGGAGAAGGAAUAUCAGGCCUUGAAAAUCAACUUUCUUGAAAUUGCACCAAUUCAGGUGAGAUCUUAUUUCAACGAGAGCUGGGAUGAUAUUCAUGAGGAAUGGGUCCUGGGCGAUAAAUUAAAAAGUGACAAUUUUUUCGAUUCGACCAACAAUCGUUUAGAGAGUUUGAACGCAAAGUUAAAGAGCGUGAUACAUUUAUAUAGUUAUUUUCGCACUCCGUCGACAAUUAGAUAUUAAUCUUUUUGAUGGUGAUCUGUGUGCACAGAGAUGGAAGUCGUUAUAUUAUAGAAAAAAGUGUAGGCUGUUUCGAGAUGACGGGAUUUCAUCAAACGUAAACUACGAUCAUCUAACUAUACAACCAUCAGCUGUUUUGACAAAAAUGAAAAGAUUUCGUGUGACACAAUUAAUAACCAAUAAGGUGGCUGACGUUGUAUCCGAGCAGACAGGUGCUAUUUUUGAUCAUCGGGUUGAACAGUUGAAAACAUGCUUGACCUUUGGGGAAAUGGAAAAGAAGUUUUAAUCGCAGAACUCAAUGAACAAAGUAUGAUAUGUUUAACUAUGUUCUUGUUUAAAAUUUGUGCUAUUGAAAUAACUACAUUGUAGUGUAGUGUACGUACUAUUCAACAAAGCAAUCACAGCCCUUAUUACUGCUGAGUUUUGAUCUCUAUUUUUUUUACAACUGUGUAAUUAAAAAUAUAAUAUUGAUUCUUGAAUAC